UUAAUCAUUUAUCUGAAAGUUUCAAAGAAACAGAGCAAUUAUAAAUACUCUGCUAUUGUCACAACUUAUAACUCAAAACUGUAUUCUGUGAGAGAUUUUAAAUUUAAAGUUUCCAAAAAAAACUUCAAUAUGGGAAGAGUUGAUUAUUUGGCCAUGAAGACUGAGGAGGAAACCGCGGCGAACCUGAUCAAUUCCGAUUUGAAUGAGUUUGUGGACGCCGCGAAGAAACUCGUGAAAGAUGCAACGAUGCUAGGUGGUUUAAGCUUUGGCACGUCUUUCCUCCAAUGGGCCGCUUCAAUCUCAGCCAUUUAUCUGUUGAUAUUAGAUCGGACCAACUGGAGAACCAAAAUGUUGACUACACUUUUGGUGCCAUACAUCUUUCUCACACUUCCUUACGUUAUCUUCAACUUCUUCAGGGGAGAUUUUGGGAAAUGGAUUGCUCUCAUUUCGAUCACAAUAAGGCUCUUCUGCCCUAAACACUUUCCAGAUUGGUUGGAGAUUCCAGCAGCACUGAUCCUUCUUCUGGUGGUUGCACCAAGCCUCAUAGCUGGGACAGUAAGAGAAAGUUGGGUUGGGGCAGUGAUUUGUCUUAUCAUAGCAUGUUACCUUUUCCAUGAACACAUUAAAGCUUCUGAUGGGUUCAGAAACGCUUUAACUCAGAAGCAUGGACUCUCCAAUACUAUUGGGAUCGUUGCUCUCCUCGUUUACCCGGUUUGGACCAUCUUUUUCAACAUCUUCUAAGUCGUUCCUACUCAUUGGCCUGGAAACACCUUCAACAUUCUGUGUCUUGCUUUCAUUUGUUAAAGUGCGAAUUGUUUGUGUUUUAAAAGCAUUUGUGUUUGGGAAAAUGUUCAGUAAACAAAACAAAGAUUCAGUUCUGAUGUGUAAGAUAUAUGGGUUUGUAUUGUAUAUGCUUGGUGUGUUGAAUGAAAUCUUGAAACAUCUUAGACUA